UUGCGGACUUCCAAUGGAUGCCCCUUCCCCGGUCCGAUCGAUUGCCGAAACCGCAUUGCAACGUGCUCAUGGCACAAUUGCUGGAUUACUUGCACACUGCAGUACCAACUCCGUUGAUGGACGUCGGAGUAGAGGUUGUCGACCUUCACGACUGCAUUGCGAAGAUCGACCGUGAGUUCAAGACACAACGGUACGACGACAUCGCCGCACCAUUGUUAUAUGAACGCAUUCAAAUCGGAGAGGCGACCUGCAAUGCUUUGAUCGAUUGCGGAUCAUCUCGCAACUACAUGAGCCAGGACUUUAUGGUACGAGCCGGCCUUGGCCCACGCGUCCGAAGGAAGUCCCAGCCUACGCCAGUCACGUUGGCAGACGGUCACACGCACAAGUCAAUCCACCGGUGCAUUGAUGAGUUCCCCAUGUACUUUGCCCUGCAUGCAAGCGAGGCGGUGUCCUUCGAUAUUUUGGACACCAAAUUCGACAUGAUCUUGGGCAUGUCAUGGCUGCGAAGCGAGGAUUACCCGGUGAACUUCUACCGCCAUACCGUUCACGUUCGUGAUCGGAAAGGAGUACUAGUCCCAUGCACGGUGCCUCUUCCUCACCCUUCAAUCAGCUGCCGCGUGGUGUCCGCCGCAAGCAUACGAGCUUCUGUCAUCAAAGACGACAUCGAGGAAAUGGGGGGGUGUUUUCUCCACGCCCUCCCGCCCCAUGACGCUUCAUCGACGGACUCAUCUUCGGACCCACACAUCACCGAGCUUCUCGACGCCUACGGCGUUGUGUUCGAAGGCCCGUACGGAGUAGUACCGGAUCGGCCCAUCCGCCACGAGAUCAUCCUCGAGGACGGGGCUGUACCUCCGCGUGGUUGCAUCUACCGAAUGAGCGAGGAAGAGUUAAGUGUGCUAUGGGCACAACUCGACGACCUUCUUGAGAAAGGCUGGAUUCGGCCUAGCUCCUCGCCGUACGGUGCUCCCAUUCUCUUCGUCCGGAAGAAGAAGAAGGAUUUGCGGUUGUGUAUCGAUUAUCGCAAGCUCAACGCGCAAACGGUCAAGAACGCCGACCCUCUUCCGCGCAUCGACGACCUCCUCGAACGGCUGGGCGGCGCCAAGUUCUUCUCCAAGCUAGACCUCAAAUCAGGAUAUCACGAACUCGAAAUCCGGCAGGAGGACCGCUACAAGACCGCGUUUAAGACGCGAUAUGGGCAUUUCGAAUGGUUGGUUAUGUCGUUUGGCCUUAUGAAUGCCCCAGCCACUUUCCAAGCGGCUAUGACAACGGAGUUCCGACACAUGCUGGAUCGAUUCGUACUUAUCUACCUCGACGACAUUUUGGUGUACAGUCGGAGUUUGGACGAGCAUGUGGACCACCUGCGCACCGUUUUGGAGCGGCUACGACAAGCCAAGUACAAAGUCAGCCGCGACAAAUGCAAAUUCGUGCGGCAGGAUCUGGAGUACUUGGGACAUUAUGUGACGCCGCAAGGCAUCCGUCCGCUUGCGGACAAGAUCAAGGCGAUUCACGUAUGGCCCGAGCCCACCAACACCACGGACGUGCGUUCAUUCAUGGGGCUGGCGGACUACUAUCAGCGAUUCAUCACCGGGUACCCAAGGAUUGCUGCACCUAUGACGAGAUUCCAACUACCAAAGGUGCCAUUCGUAGUCGAUGACGACGCACGCCGGUCAUUCCAAGCACUAAAGACGACCAUGCUCAUGGCACCCGUCCUUAGCAUCUACGACCCCACCCUGCCAACGAGAGUGACAACCGACACUUCCGGCUAUGGCAUUGGGGCAGUCUUGGAACAACACGACGACGAUGACUGGCACCCUGUGGAGUAUUUCAGCCACAAAGUGUCUCUCAUCAAUUUGAUUGAUGAUGCAAGGAUGAAGGAGCUACUCGCGUUCGUGAGGGCUCUCAAGCGAUGCCGACUCUUCCUCCUUGGGCGUCGUAGGUUCACAUGGGUCACGGACAAUAACCCAUUGACUUACUACAAGACGCAGGAUACAGUGAGCAGCACGAUCGGAUGAUGGAUUUACUUCAUCGACCAAUUUGACUUCACACCGAAACACCUCCCCGACCUCUUCAAUCGCCCAGCAGAUGCACUCUCGCGAAGACCCGAUAUUUGCGCUACGACACAUCAUGCCUUCGCAUUCAAUAAGGAACUCUAGCGACACUUCAUCCGGAGCUACGAGUCUGAUCCGGACUUCGCCACGUUGUAUGCGCAACUAUCUUCGGAUCACCCGCCGGUCAGCCACUAUCGCAUUGCCGAG